AUGAAGGUUCUACUCCACCAUUCGUCCCUUAACAGUUUUGCGGAACCAGCAAACCCUAGUUUUGCCAACAGUAUCGUCCUGCCUCAUGCGUGCACGGGGCUGUGUGCGUGCGUGCGGUUGUGCAUGGCAGGAGCGUACAAGUACGUGUCGGAGUUAUGGAAGAAGAAGCAGUCAGACGUCAUGCGCUUUCUGCUGCGCGUGCGCUGCUGGGAGUACCGCCAGCUGCCCUCCAUCAUCCGCGUCUCGCGCCCCACUCGCCCUGACAAGGCUCGCCGCCUCGGAUACAAGGCCAAGCAGCCAUCUAACCCGUGUCCCCCUCUCCCCGCGCUCCCCGCUCUCCCCGCUCCCUGCCUCCCCGCUGUCCCCGCUGUCCCCCGUGUUGUGACGCGUGGGCGCGCGCAGGGCUACGUGGUGUACCGCGUGCGCGUGCGCCGUGGCGGCCGCAAGAAGCCCGUCGCCAAGGGUAUCGUGUACGCUCUCGAACCCCCUCGCCCCCUCGCCCCCCCGCCCCCUCGCCCUCUCGCCCCUUCCCCCCGCUCCCCUCCUGCCUCCUCCGUGCCGCGCGCUUGUUUCCUAGAAAAUGUUCUCCUCAUGCGGUCGCUCUUGGCUUCUCUACUACUCUCUCGUUGCACCUCCCCAGCUUCACCCUCUUUCCCCGUUUCCAUUCUCCCCCACUCCGUCCGUCGCGCGUUCACUGUCCGACCGCAUCUGCCGCGUGAUGCGGUGUACGGCAAGCCGAAGAGCCAGGGAGUGACGCAGCUCAAGUUCCAACGCAACAAGCGCGCCGUCGCGGAGGAGCGCGCUGGCCGCCGCCUGGGGGGACUGCGCGUGCUCAACUCCUACUGGGUCAACCAGGACUCGGCGUUCAAGUACUACGAGGUGAUCCUGGUGGACCCGCACCACCAGGCCAUCCGCAACGACGCGCACAUCAACUGGCUGUGCCGCCCCGUCAUGAAGCACCGCGAGCUGCGCGGCCUCACGUCCGCCGGGCGCCACCACCGCGGGCUGCUGCGCAAGGGGCACAAGAGCACCAAGAACCGCCCCUCCGUGCGCGCCUUCUGGAAGCGCAACACCAUGCUCUCGCUGCGCCGCUACCGGUAG